CAGAAAGAGAAGCUUUAGAAGAAACAGAAAUACUUUUAUUCCAAGAAAAACUCAUGCUAAUAGAACAUAGUUAUUACCCACCUAAGGAUACAAACGAAUAUAACACUACUAAUCCAACUGAAAUAAAAACAUAUAUACACCCUGCGAAUAACCAAAAACCAAUACAAAUGGAACCGCAUAACCAUGAAACAUGA